AUGGCAAGACAUCUAGCCGAGAUUUUUGGCACUGAAAAGGACAGCCAGACCCUUCUCAUCCCGCAUAUGUACAUGCCUCCCGUGCCCGCCGAGUGGCCCACCUCGCCCGACGACGUACAAGCCAUGCAGAAAAUCCAACGCGAUGCGGAGGAGCACUUUAACGAUUUCUUCGAAGACAUUCACGAUGAGCUGCGCAAUUUCGGCCGCCUUGAAGAUCUCCACGUUUGCGACAACACUGGAGAGAAGGCGAUGAAGGCACUCACCGGCCGCUUCUACGGCGGUCGCCUGCUCGUGCCCGAGUUCUCGCCGGUGACUGACUUUAGGGAGGCCCGUUGCCGCCAGUACGAUUCCAACGAGUGCAACCGCGGCGGUCAGUGCAACUUCAUGCACCUCAAGCAGGUCGACCCCGAGCUGGAGCGGAGGCUCUUCGGGCGCAGGAGCCGCAGCAGGAGGGACGGGGACCGGAGGGACAGGCGCGACCGAGACGACGACCGUCGCCGCGAGCGCAGGAGGUCCCGCUCGCGUUCGCGCUCCCGAGAUCGACGAUCGCGCUCUCGGUCCCGCUCCUCGGAGAGGCACCGCAAGAGGCGGGAGAGGAGCCGGGAGCCCGAGGGCGACGACCACCGCCGCAGCGAUCGCCGCGAUAGGGACCGUGAUAGGGACAGGGACAGGGAGAGCAGCAGCAAGAGGUCCAGGCACGACGACGACCGCAGCGGCAGCAGCAGCAGGAGCUCCAGGCACGAGGGAGGCGAGGAGCGCCGCCACAGUGAGCCCGCCCCUGCCGCGGCGCCCGCGCCCACCACCGAGGAGGGUACGAGCGCUGGCUACGGUGCUGCUCAGGUCGACGCUCCUCCUGCCGACCACCACCACCACCACCAGGAGUAA